AUGAUUGGAGAAAAAUCGAAUCCUCGAGAUUCUUAUUACUCUUCUUUAAUUGAUGAGUACAUGAUAAAUUCUACACGUGACGCAAACCCGCCCACUACAGCGUGGAAUAACAUCACAAAUGAUAUUAAGAAACGUCCAUCAUUAAAUCUUCAUACCCGAAAUAGUAGUAUAAGUAGUCUGAAACGUCUUCCUUCUUUUAAUUCUCAAACACCAAAGAAUCCAAAUCCAACUAAUCACUCAAAUCAAAUUAGUUUGAUGUUUAAUUAUACCACUAACCCUGGAUGUUUAGCGUCACCCCCACCAAGUCCAGGAUACAUGUUCUCCGAAUAUAAUUCAUAUAACAGGUCACAUCAUAAUUUAGAAAAUAAAGAUAUCAAUGAUAGUUUAACAGUUCCUCAACAAUCCCGAAAACGAUCAAUGGAAAGCUUAAGUUCAGGUAGUUGUAACCAAGAAGAUCUGUAUACAAGACCAUCAUCAGCAAGUAGUUAUUAUGAGGAAGAAGUUAGGAAUACUCCAAAAAUUAAUCCAACAAAACGUAGCUCUUCACGGCAAGAUUCAAAUAAUUCUGAUAAACGACAAAGUGAUGCGGAUAGAGAUCGAUAUGGUUUUCGAAGAUCUUAUGCAUGGAUAACUCAUAAAGAAUAUUCCGAUUUCGAAUCAUCAUAUAAUCAAGUAUUACAACGCCGUAAACAAAAAUGGGAUACGUUAUUAAAUGAACAUGGUGGAUUAAUUCCUGGUAGAUCAGCCAAAAUGAAAAGAUAUAUACGUAAAGGUAUUCCACCGAAACUUCGAGGAAAGAUUUGGUUUCAUUAUAGCGGUGCUGAAGCAAAAAUGAAGGAAUACGCGGGUCUAUAUCAACAAUUUAUAUUAAAAUCACAAGAUCCCAACCUGGAAAAUGAAUUCAUUGAAGUGAUCGAAAGAGAUCUUCAUCGGACAUUUCCUGAAAAUAUAAAAUUCAAAUCUACCGUAAUAAUUGAUGAUAAUAAUUCAUCCGUUAUUUCAACUGAUAAUGUUCCAAUUAUUCAAUCAUUACGUCGAGUCCUUACAGCAUUUUCUCUAUAUUCACCAAAUAUUGGAUAUUGUCAAUCAUUAAAUUAUAUUGUUGGUAUACUCUUGUUAUUCAUGGAAGAAGAAAAGGCAUUUUGGACAUUAGUAACAAUAAUUCAUGAUUUUUUACCUGAAAAUAUGUAUGAUGUUACAAUGGAAGGUUCCAACGUUGAUCAAGCUGUAUUAAUGAUGUUCAUUAUGGAAAAGAUGCCUCAAAUUUGGAGUAAACUUAAUGGAGGAUUUAGUUGGGAUAUAGAAAAAUUGGAUGGAAAUCUACCGACCAUCACUCUCGUUACAAGUCAUUGGUUCCUAACACUUUUUAUUAAUAUAUUACCAAUUGAGACUUUAUUGAGAGUUUGGGAUUGUUUUUUUUAUGAAGGUAACAAAGUACUUUUCCGAGCAGCAUUGUCAAUAUUCAAAUUAAAUGAAGAAAAAAUUUUGGCAGUUGAUGAUCCGAUGGAAAUAUUUCAAGUGGUUCAAAACAUGCCAAAACGAUUAGUAGAUUGUCAUAAACUAAUUGACAUGUGCUUCCGUCGUCGUAGAGGAUUAACAGACAUAUCUCAACUUGAGAUUGAUCGACAUCGAGAAUUCUUUCGUGAAAGACGGAAAAAACGUGUUGCCAAACAUUAA